UUUGAGCGGCUCUUUUUCCUAUUCAGAGCAUCCCCAGCCAAACUAAUGCCCUCUCCUACCCUGACGUCAAAGAACAGAUCACAGGCAAGAUUAGGAAUUUUUUUUUUUUUUUUUUUUUCAUUUCUCUUAUUGCAGCAAUUAGCUUGGGACUGUAUAAAAGGGCUACAGAAAGGGGGAGGGAGGGAGAGGGGAAAUCUGGGGACAAAAAGAGAUAGCUCUGAGACACAGGAGCAGAGAGAGAGAUAGGGGUAGGCAGAGGUAGAGUGAGGGGUGGGGAGAAAGUGCAUUCAGAUUCCUCAACAGCAUAAAAAAAGAAAAAAAAGAAAAAAAAGAAAAAAGUAUCCACCUGGUCUUUCAAACUUCAGAAACUAUUUAGAGCUGGAGAGGAAGCAGCUGAGGUUCCUCUGUAAGCAGGCACCUGCCUCAGCACCUUGCAGGUUGCCACCGAUCUGACACCUUACUCAGCUCUGCAGGGUUGGAUGAGGGAAGCAAGGGCAGAUAGUAAGGGGCAGCAGCACUGAGGGUUGGUGGAUUGGGGGUGGGGGGUGUUCCUCCCACGUGUGCAGGUAUGGGUCUGCUAAGCGUGGACCUGCUGAUCACCCUGCAGAUCCUACCUGGCUUCUUCUCCAACUUCCUCUUCCUGGCUCUGUAUGACUCUGUUGUGUUGGUGAAGCACGUGCUCCUUCAACUGAACCGCUCCAAAUCCAGCCAGAGUCCACGGCGCCGGAUGCUCACGCCAGAAGGUCUGCGCUGUGUUUGGAAAAGCUUCCUAUUGGACGCCUACAAGCAGGUGAAGCUGGGAGGUGAUGCGCCAAACUCUAACGUCAUUCAUGUGUCCAGCAAGGCGACAUCCAAUACUGCCGCCAAAGCAGGCAUGCAAUGCCACCUUCUUGACUUCGCCAGCUCAGAGCGCCCUCUAGUGGUCAACUUUGGGUCAGCCACCUGACCCCCUUUCAUAAGCCAGCUGCCAGCUUUCAGCAAGCUGGUGGAGGAGUUCUCCAACGUUGCCGACUUCCUGUUGGUAUACAUUGACGAGGCUCACCCAUCAGACGGCUGGGCUGCUCCUAGCGUGGCCUCCUACGAAGUGAAGAGACACAGGAGCCAAGAAGAGCGGUGCGCUGCAGCCAACAAACUCCUGGAGCAAUUCUCCCUCCCCCAACAGUGUCAGGUGGUAGCAGACUGUAUGGACAAUAAUGCCAACGUGGCUUACGGGGUCACCUUCGAAAGGGUAUGCAUUGUGCAGAAGCAAAAAAUUGUCUACCUUGGGGGUAAAGGGCCGUUCUUCUACAACCUCCGGGAGGUGCGGAACUGGCUGGAACUUACAUUUGGAAAGAUGGGAGCGAGUCGCGAGGAGGGAGUAUAACAAGGCGCCAGUGUAUUCUUGUUGUGGACUAUACAUGGACCCUGUGUCAAGGCAAGAUACUGACCACACUACACAGUUCACUGCAAGAAGCCACAGUCCAGAUGUAUGAAAGUAUCCUCAAUGUGACCCUAAUCUCUGGCAGACCUCAAACCGCUGUGUUUUUCCUCUUUUUACAACAAUACACAGUAGAAUAGGCAGAAUUUAUGAAGACGAGGGUGUGGUAAAAAGCUACAUACUGAAGGAUCUCACUUAAAACAAAAUAAGAAUAAAAAAAAGGGAAAGUUAGAAGAAGACCAGCAAAUGUAGAGCCGACAUCUGACAGCUGUUGUAGAGGCUUUGUAACCCUCCCUCGUUCAUGGGAAAACUUUGCAAAGAAAUUACAUCAAGAAGAGGAAAAAACAGCACAAACAUCCCAUACUGAGUAUUUAUUUCUACGUUUCCAAUGUUUCAGGUGUAGCUUAUGUUAGUCUCUUCGUUUAACAUAAUUUAUUGUGUUAUAAAGCCUGAGGCACACAUAUCGACAGGGAUCCAGAGUUACCUCAACAAGGGAACAGUUGCAUCAAAUUAGAAUUGAUGUAUACUGCUGUCCCAAGAGAAAUUAUCUGCAGGUUCCAAUGGUUUCUGUGGUUUGUUUUAUGGGUGGGAGGGUGCAGCGAGUAAGAUGCCGUCAUGGGGAAGAAACAAUAGAAGCAACCACUCAUGUGCCCCAUGCGUUGGUCAUCUCCGGCGCCAAGGUCCGGGCAAUACUGCGACAGGGGACGAUGAAAACAACACAAAUAUCUCCGUUGAUAGUCUGAGGCUGGUCCUGAUGGGGCAUAGUGCCUGGAGGGAUCCUGCAGACAUACACAAAUUCAUAUACAAGGACAACGGGCAUGCCUCGACAAGGACACAGCGACCUAUCCGGCAACAGUAUCCGGCCCUGGGUCAGGCUGGCUCCAUGGUCACACAGCACUGUCCUACCAAUGGGCGAAGACGCCUCUCUUUCACACCCACACAGCAUUUAAUUCCGGUCAGGGACACACAUUUACCACUGUAUUUACUGUAGAUGCUCCAUUUUCCCCGAACCACAGAACCACGCAGUUCAUGUUCAUCUAUCCAGUACAAGUUUGACAAUGAGAGCAAGCUUUGGAUGCUGUAUUUCUGUAUCAAAUUUGCACCUAAAAGCUAUUUGAAACACUUCUAAAUCAUACGUACCCAAUUUGGUCGUUUUGCCAGAUUCCUUUUCUUUGUCGUAAAAUCUUCACAGGUGAAGAAUCGUCAAUGGAAAAGGUAGAAUGGAACGGACAAGCCAUUAGAGCAUAACGUAUGCAUAAUUAUGUAUCACUAUGACCAUAAACUGUGUACAGAAACCUGGUCUAACAGGGGAGACCUAUAAAAACUAUAUUCUAGAACAGAGGUUCUCAAACUCGGUCCUCAGGACCCCACACAGUGCAUGUUUUGCAGGUAACCCAGCAAGUGCACAGGUGUAUUAAAUACUCACUGACACAUUUUAAAAGGACCACAGGUGAAGCUAAUUAUUUCACUUGUGAUUCUGUCAGGAGACCUGCAAAACAUGCACUGUGUGGGGUCCUGAGGACCGAGUUUGAGAACCUGUGCUCUAGAACAAAAAUGACCACAUUGACAUCCAAUUUACCACUUUCCUCUUCCUCUAAUGUCAUAGAAUUUUCUCUAUGAGAUCCUAGGAGGUGGCAACUUGAGGUUAACAGUCGAUAAUCCUGGUCCAAACCAGUAUAUAUAUGUCCGAAGACCUCCCCCCAUAUUAUUACAUUGAUCUCUAUAAGAGGUACAGAUACGCGGCAGCAAAGGGGCAGAUCGUUCGUUAGACACUGUGGAGUAGUAAUGACAUCUGAAUGAAAGAACCGUGUUCCUGGUGGACGACGUCAGUAAGUAGAGGAAUAACAGAGAUUAACGUAGUACAAAUCAAAUACACAGGGAAAACGACAUCUACUGUAUAACUUCCUUUUCCUCGGGUACGUUCACGCCUCCAAGGUUUUGCACCUUUUAACGGAUGCACCAGCAGCACCUUGCACUAGUGUAUCCAUCACAGGGGAAAAAAAAAUCUGCGUGCUCUUCCCUCUCUGUCUCAUAGCGACGCAGUGAACGCAUGUACGCCUCCCACCGCGUUAAGGUAACCAAGUGACCUUCUCUCACAAGUGCCAUUUAGGGAGUUCCAUUACUUGUGGUUGGUUUUAACCCGGGUUAAUGUCAAAGUAUUGGAUAAAAAAAGCCUGAAGGGCGAAGAGGUGUGAAUGAGCCCUCAGGGGUUCUUAUGGAGAAAAGGAAGUUUAAAAACUACAAACUUAGUGAACUGAAACCCCCCCCGGAACUCAUUCCAUGUGUGACAACUGUGGAUUAUUGCACAGGGAGGGUGAAAACAAGCAGUCUGUAAGGUAUCGACAUACUGCACCAUAGAUUAUGUACUGUAUUGAUAUCCUGUCGCACUGUAGCAUAACGGCAUGGUAGAUAAACCCAACCCUUCUCAUCUCUCUCACAUCUCCUGCAAUCCUCACUUGCACAUCUUCGUCUUCUCCCUCCCGUGCCAGGGACUAAUUUCCCCGUGCCACCUUACGCACGGGGCCAUCUUGCUGCUGGGCCAGCACAUAACACGUUCAGCUGUUUCAGUAAGUGCCGGGUUAGAGGAGGGCUUCUGUUUCAUACCUGGAAAUAAUGUGGAUUUAUUUUGUUACCACUUUAUACGCUUGAACUUGUUAUGCUGUGAUCACCAAAAGUGUCUUGCUACUUAACAAUCAGCUCGCAGGAGCGUGCAAACGGCGUCCUAGCAGAUUCGCAGCACUAGCGGGACUUGUGCCUCUGGAGUGGUCAUUUUUGUUACCUAUGUUCAGGCCGAUGCUUAAUUGACCUAUGUGUAUUUUAUACCUUAUUUUUAUUUUUUGCAAGGAAUUCUCAAACUAGAUAGAAAAAAAAACAAAACAAAAAAACUUUGUGUACUCUUUUUAUAUGACGCACCAGCAAUACGCCACUGGCAAUCAGAGAGCAUGACGUCAUGGCUCUGUGUGGCUCAUCUUUUGCCAAAAUGUAACCCAUAAUACUGUAUGAAACAGGGAAACAGGACAUGGAGUGCGAGGUUACCUAGAGCCAUAGAGGAGAGCAGACAGUACUGGCCUGGGGAAGCUAGUGACAUGAGGCAGACAGCGAUGUGGGUAUGAAGGACACCAUUGAAAGAGACUAGUUCUCUGUUGGUGGCUGGAUGGUGUCACGUCACUGCCCCGCUCAGUCGCCAUCCCCAGGACUCAUUCUCUCCGACACUCAUGUUCCAUACUACUGGUCAUCAAGCGAGAACCCAGACUCUUCACAAUAAGGUGCUGUAACAAGUAUCAGUUAGCCAAUCUUUUUACUUGUAUUUUAAUAAAAAUUUUGGGGAAAGAA